AUGUACUUUUUCCUCUCCAACCUGUCCUUCUUGGACCUCUGCUUUACCACAAGCUCUAUCCCCCAGCUGCUGGUCAACCUCUGCAGCCCAAAGACCACCAGCUUCCUUGGCUGCUCUGCUCUGCUCUUCAUCUUUCUGUUCCUAGGAACCACAGAGUGCAUCCUCCUAACUGUGAUAGCCUUUGACCUCCACAUGGCCAUCUGCCAGCCCCUCCGCUAUAUUACCAUCAUCCACCCCUGCCUGGUCUGGCAGCUGGGGUCCAUGGCCUGGGCCAUCGGUCUUCUGGAGUCAGUGGUCCAGUUGCCACCCACUCUCUACCUGCCCUUCUGUCCACACCGGCAGGGGGAUGAUUUCAUGUGUGAGGUCCCAGCUCUAAUCAGACUGUCUGGUGGGCACACCACCUACAACGAGAUCCAGAUGGCUGUCACCAGCAUCCUCAUCCUGUUUGUGUCCGCCAGCCUCAUCCUGGUCUCUUACUGUGCCAUUGCCCGGGCAGUACUGAGGAUUAACUAUCAGUGGAGAAAAGCAUUUGGGACCUGCUUCUCCCCUCUCGCGGUGGUCACCCUUUUCUACAGAUCAGCCGUCGCUGUCUACCUCCAGCCCCAGAAUGCCUAUGCCCAGAAAGGGGCAUAGUUCUUCUGUCUGUUCUGUGCUGUGGGCACUGCAGAACUGAACCCCAUUUACACCCUGAAAACCAAGGAGGUAAAGAGGGCUGUCAGAAGGUUCCUGGGGAAGGACAGGGAUACAAGGGAGAGCUGAGCCCGCUCUGUGUGCUUUCCAGUCCAGCAGUGGUCCUCAGAAUCCUGUCAGAGGAGCUCCCCACACCUGUGCCCUCACUCAUCCCCCCACACCCAUGGACGACAGCUGUGUGUGUGUACAUGUGCAUUUCUGUGUGUGCCCUACUUGCACAGCAGAGCCUGGAAAUGGGCUGAGGAGGGACACACACCUCCAUGUGAAGCAGUCUACAAAUCGUUUUACUUCCUCUAUGCUCGAUUUUGUCUUUAAUGGUCUUUGCCUCCACCAUGAUGUGCCUAAACCAUCUGUCAUAACAUGGUUAUGACAUUUUGAUGCCCGCCACAUCAUUUGCUUCUCUGCCCAGCUUUUCCACUUACUUAUAUUUUGCAUUGUCCAUCCAUUCAUCCUCACAAAGACAGCAGGAGGGCAGCUGAGGUCAGGCCAGCUCUGAAACCAGCCCAAGAAAUACAAUUUAGACCGAAGAUCCAAGCCAUGCCUGCUCUCUUAUGGUCUUCAUGUGUCCCAGCUCUUUAGCUUGGGGACAGAGGAGCCAAGGGAGAAAGAGGUGAGGGUCACCUGGGCACCUGCAUUUCUCUCCUCCUACAUCAGAGGACACCUGUGUGCCACUAUAUCUCCGCUGUCUGCCGGAUCCCUAUGGGUGACUUUGGGACCUGCAUUUCACUGCACCACAGUGAAAUAUGACUGCAUUUCAGUGCAUUUCAGUGACUGCACUGGUCACCUCAGAUAUAGGAGAGAUGGAAAUGAGGACACUGUCGUCAGCGAGUGUUCGUGCCUGGCAUAGGACAUUCCAGGGACCAUGGAACGAGCUUACCACAUGUGGACUCAUUGGAUCCCUGUCACCAGGGAGCAGAUCCUCACUUUCCCAAUGCACCAGGUCAGAAGUCUCAGCCUCUCAGUAAACUGUGAGUGAAUCAUCCCAAUCUAGAAAUCCACAUGGAAUACACAUGGAAUCCAAGUGUCCAUGUGAAGGUGUCCUUCCUGGGAAUCAGACUUCAUCCAAAGAAUCCCACGUGAUCAAGAAACAGCAACUGCUUGGAAGAAGUCUUCUUCUAGCUCCUGGCUGUGCUCCUGGCUUUGAUCCUCCACUAUAUUUCAGUCUCCCAGGAGGCAAGAACCAAAAACUGCCAAAAACUGGCACCAAAUUAAUUCUAUGAAUGAAUGAAUGAAUCUCUCUGAA